GCUUCCAGUUUGUUUUCCUGCUCGCUAGGUCGCCUUGUGUUUUAAUUAUGCCAGAGCCGGCUAAAUCCUCUCCGGCUCCCAAGAAGGGCUCCAAGAAGGCCGUCACCAAGGCGCAAAAGAAAGACGGCAAGAAGCGCAAGCGCAGCCGCAAGGAGAGCUAUUCCGUCUAUGUGUACAAGGUCCUGAAGCAGGUGCACCCCGACACCGGCAUCUCCUCCAAGGCCAUGGGCAUCAUGAACUCCUUCGUGAACGACAUCUUCGAGCGCAUCGCGGGCGAGGCUUCCCGCCUGGCGCAUUACAACAAGCGCUCGACCAUCACUUCCCGGGAGAUCCAGACGGCCGUGCGCCUGCUGCUGCCCGGGGAGCUGGCUAAACACGCCGUGUCGGAGGGCACCAAGGCGGUCACCAAGUACACCAGCUCCAAGUGAGGCGCAGCCUGCACGAGGCGCUCGCUGGCCCCUUUGCCCUCUAAAGGCUCUUGCAGAGCUCAAAUAAGGGAAGCUUUGUUCGCUUGCAUUAGUUUCUAGGGUCUUGGGGAGUGUACAGUUUUAAGCUUUUGUAGUUUUGAGGUUCCCUGAGCUGCUGUGCAGUUGGCAGUACAGCGCCUCACACCCCACUUAGUUUCUUGGAGUUCUCAAACCCAAGGGUGAUGGAUGUCGGCCUCUACCGGGUUUCUUCUGUGUUCUAGACUGUUGUGUUAGGGCGCAUUUUGUUUUAUCGACCUAAAGCGAGAUGACUUGAUUAACUUGGCGGUAAGAGGGCUCCGGGACACACCUAAACCUGUGUCGACGAACGCUGAGCACCAGUCAUCUACAACCGAAGCCGCUCGGUCCAGUUUAUUCGUCCUGGGUAUCGGCGCUUCCGGUACUUAGGGCGGCGUCCUCGCCUUCCGCGUUGCUGCUGCGGAUUUGGUAGAAGUCUGUUGGGGUUCUCCCUCAGGCUUUAGAAGCCCAGGCUUGUAGUUUUCUUUUAUUUUUCCCACUUAAUACUUUUUGUUAGCCGCUGCUCAUUUUCGCUCUGGGCCCAUGAAGCGAUUUUUUUCUUUGUUUUGUUUUGUUUUUCGAGACAGGGUUUCUCUGUGUAGCUUUGGAGCCUGUCCUGGCACUUGCUCUGGAGACCAGGCUGGCCUCAAACUCGGAGAUCCGCCUUCCUCUGCCUCCCGAGUGCUGGGAUUAAAGGCGUGCACCACCAACGAUUGAAUUGAUUUUUAAAUCACUGCUUUUGUGGCUACACCAGGGGUGGGGGUGGGGGGGUUGUCCGUUUGAUGUACGUGAAGACACGAUGGAAUAGAAAUGUUUGGAGGAUUCUUUCUCCAAAUCUGUCUUUAUUAUAAUGUGAUGGCUAUUCUUGGUUGUCAACUUGACUACAUCUGGAAAUAACUAAAACAAGUGACAGUACACCUAUGAGGGAUUUGUUUUCUUAAUUAAAUAAUUUGAAGUGAGAAGAAGCACUUUUUGAGGUGGUAAGACCCACCUUUAACCCGGGCCACCCCUGCUGGCAACCUGUAUAAAGGGCAUGGAAGAAGGAAGCUUGCUUUUGCUUGCACUCCCUGACAUGUCUGCCCUUCACUGGCCUUAGAGCCUUCUGGAUUCUGGAAUAUACUGAAGACCAGCUGAGACGUCCAGGCAUCAACAACUACCAGGUUCCAGCACCUUCCGUUGGUAGGCAGCCAUUGUUUGUUGGACUAACUGGACCCCAGCCUGUAAGCCAUAUAUCUAUGAAAAAAAUACAUAUAUACUGCAUUGUAUAAAUUCUGUACCUUGAGAGUCCUGACUGAUACAAUUACCUCAUUGUAAUUUGUGUGUGUGUGUACCAGAAGCUGGGCAUAGUAGGUUCCCGUUCCCUUAAUUUUUUCCCAAUUUAGAGUAAGCUCUUGGAUUUUCAUUAAAUUGAGAGCAUUGGGCUUUGA